AUGCAAACUAAAUUUUCACAGGUAAAGACAAAGUCACUGAGCCCAGAAGCAGCCGCAGCACUGAGAGAACGCACAGGGUUCCAGGGAAACACACUUUUAAGGGUGCGAUUGUCAGCAUCGAAACCUAACUUUGAGGUCGGAUCCUCGACGCAACUGAAACUUUCCUUUGGCAAGAAAACCACUACAACAGAGAAACCAGCUCUUGAUCCAAGCACCGCACAAAAGUGGACUCUAUCAGCCAAUGAUAUGGACGAUGAUGAUGUGGAUUUGGUAGAUUCAGAUGCACUUUUGGAUGCUGAUGAUCUGAAAAAGCCUGACCCUUCCUCCCUCAAGGCUUCCUGUGGAGAAGACUCCAAAAAGAAAAAGGCCUGCAAAAAUUGCACUUGUGGUCUUGCUGAGGAAAUGGAAAUGGAGAGUAAUGCCACUCAGAAAGCCAGCCAGCCCAAAUCAGCCUGUGGAAGUUGUUAUCUGGGUGAUGCCUUCCGAUGUGCCAGCUGUCCAUAUUUAGGCAUGCCUGCCUUCAAACCUGGGGAGAAGGUUCUGUUGGCCAACACUGAUAUAGCUGAUGCAUAGACAUUCACUUUUGACACAUUAAUACAUUCCGUUAUCAUUCUGCAACAUUGAGGCCCAGAUUACAUUUCCAUCUGUGUAAUCAACAGGGAUGCAGUUCACAGAGUGUCAUUUG